AUGAAAAGAAAGAGAGCGUCUAGGAUUCACGUCAAAGAAGCGAUCAGAAGAAGACCCAGUUGCCGGAAUCCCGCCGACCUUACCGGGCUUGAAGAAUACGGAGAGUCCGAAAUCGAUGGCCUUGAGGGAGGAGUCGUCGUCCUUGUUCGCGAGCAAGAAAUUCUCCGGCUUGAGAUCUCUGUGCAUGACGCCGAGGGAGUGACAGGCCUCCACGACCCGGACGAUGAUCCUGAUCAGCUCCGCCGCCUUCCUCUCGCUGUAGUGCCCCCUCUCAACAAUCCGAUCGAAGAGUUCCCCGCCUGCGCAUAGCUCCAUGACGAUGUGGACGUAGAGGGAGUCCUCGUAGGCGCCCUUGAUGGAGACGACGUGCUCAUGGCCAGAGAGAUGGUGCAUUAUCUGGAUCUCCCUGCGAACAUCAUCCACGUCCUCCUUGCAGAUCAGCUUCCGCUUGGAGAUGGACUUGCAGGCGUAGUCGAUCCCCGUGGAGAUCUCCGUGCAGAGAUAGGUGGUGCCGAACUGCCCCUGACCCAGCUUCCGGCCGAGCGUGUACAGGUCCCGGAGAUUGGGAGUGGCGUGCCCUAGAACGUAGUUAGUCUGGGGGUCAAACCCACGUCGCAUGGUGGAGCUCACGGGGGCGGCGGGGGAUUCCUUGGGCGGCGGCGGCGGCGGCGGCGGGUUGCUGUCGUCGGAUUUGGCGGAGUUGAGAUCGGAGUGGUGGUGGCGGCUGCUGCUUCUGGCGGCGGAAGAACGAUCAGCGGGUUCCGGGUAACCCAGAAACCCCUUGUUCCCGAAGGACCCCCUGCAAGAGUUGCCCAUCAAAGGGACGGGGAAAGGCGCAUCGAUCGGCCGGAGAAAUCCGGUCGGCAAUCUUGAGGCUUUCUUAAUACCCAAGCAAGGAACACCCCCCGCCCCCCCCCUCCUUCUCUUCCCCCGGCCCGUGGGCUUCCUUCCCCUCCCUUGCUCCGUCAAAUCGGCCUCCGCUGGCGAGAGCGUGAGGCAGAGGAAUCUGCUCUCUCUCUCUAGGCGCAGAUUGGACAAAGCAAAGGCAAAUUUUCUAGAGAGAGAGAGAGAGAGAGACAGGGCGGCCCUAGCGGAGCCGGAAGAGAUAUGGGGAUGGAAAUUGGGAGGGGACCCAGUUGGCAGCAGCCCUCACGACGCCUUCGGCGGGACCAUUUCAGCCUCCCCUCCUCCUGAUCCUCUUUCUCUGUUCUUGGACCUGAGAUUAAUGGUGCAAAAUCAGAACGAGACGGAGAAGGGGAAAAGCUUUCUCUUUCUCUCCUGCUCUCCUCCCGUCGUGACCACCGUCUCUCUGAGCUCGGGCUUCCCCAGAGGAGGAGGAGGAUUGGUGCCUUCGGAUGGAGGGCAUAAAAUGAACCAGUGCAGAUAGAUUCUCGUCUCCUCAGCCGCCGGUCGCUCCUGUCCCUCCCCUUCGCCGCCGACUCGGACGUCCGGACCGUUGACUCCCGCCCGUGUGUCCCCAUGGCGGGGGUGGGCUUCCCAUGAAGACCAGCUGACGUGUACACCACGUGGCACUUAGUCCUCCGGUGAUCCCCCUCCGCCAUCAAUGGCUGGCUUUCUUUUAGAGUCGUCGCAUUUAGGGGAGCUAAAGCAGAUAAUCUUGGGCCUCGUUGACUUCUCCACAAAGCCCAUCAACCUCGCUAAAGAGUUAUUUCUGGCCCAAUCAAAUAUUAAUGGGCUUAAUGGCACCAAAACAGAAGUAACUUUUCGGAGCCCGUAUACGAACCUCACUUCCUAGCCCCUUGAUUCUUCUAAAGAGAGAAAAAAGGAAAGGGGGGAAAAAAGCUCAGACAAUGCGAUUCGCCCAGCCAGGCGAAAGGACGGUGAAGGAACCCAUAUUAUCACCGGCGCAAUAUCCUCACCGCUAUUGGCCCAUGCAGGUCUCGAACCUGCGACCUUCGCGUUAUUAGCACGACGCUCUAACCAACUGAGCUAAUAGGCCGAAUUGAUAUUAAGAUUAAAACAUUAAUUAUAUAAAACAUUAAUUACUUACACGAGCUCUGCGGAAUAAUGAAGGGAGGACGGCCGCGCUCGGGGAGGAACUGCGGUUUUCCCAUGCCGGGGACGUGAUCGUAAGGAAGAUCGUCUUCCCCGACUGGCCGAGGUAGACGGGAUGAUCAAACUGAUCAGGCCCAGAGCUUAUUUUUCAGAGUUCUUGGUCAUCGACAAUCUCAGAAUCCUACCGCAAAUAGCAGACAACCAGGCACCGACGGCCUCUGUACACAACCAGAGAUUGUGGGUUCUUUCCCGAAGAUAAUACCUUCAUGGAGGUGGGGGAAGGAAGGAAAGGGAGCAGGCAAUCAAUCAGUCGAUCAAUCUCCGACGCUCUUCUCCGAGGACACGUCGCCGCCGCCUUCGGUCUCCGACGCCUCCUCGUCCUCGUUCGGGUUCAUCUCGUUGCUGCCAUUGUUGUUGUUGUUGUUGGCGUCGUUCUCGUUCUCCUCCUCCGUUCCUCUGCAUUCCGUCUCCAGAAUCUGGAGUCUUCGACGGAGAUCGCCCAUCUCCCUCUCCAUCAGGAACAGCCGCUCCUUGAGCGUCAGGUUCUCCUCCUCCAGCUGAGCAAUGUGCGCGUCCUGAUCGUCCACCCUGUUCUCUAGAAGAUACGCCGCCGCUCCGUGCUCCUCGCCGAAGAUGGGGUACACCAUCUCGAACCUACUGAGAUCGUGGUCCAGGCGCCGCUCCACCUCGACGUGCUCCUCCACAUCGCUCUCGCUUGAUCCCUCGUCGCCGGCGGCGGCAGCGCCGUCGUCGUCGUCAUCCACCCUCGUCUCGUUCCCCGUGGGAGAACGCAACCUGAUGAGUCCCUUCAUCGACCCGUAACCGUCGACUCCCCACUCCUCCUUGGCCAUGUCCACCAGGACCUCCCGCGAGGGGGAGAAGGUAGGGGUCGGCAGGAUCGCAGGAGUCACGGGGCACGGUGAGACGAGCGGCGCGAUCCCGCCAGACUUCUUGGCUCGGAUGAUGAACGAGGUGGUGUUCCGAGGGGCGAAGGGGGCAAACCUAGCGAACUUCUUCUUGGGGUAGAACCUCCGCGCCUUUACGCGGUUCUGCGACUGGAGCUCGCUCAGUGUCGGUGGCUUGUACCCCGAUGUACCGGCUCCACCGGCCGCCGCCGCCGCCGCCGCCGCCGCCGCCGCCGCCUUCUUUCGCUUGUCCGCCGCCUUCUUGCCCUUCCAAUUGACCCAACCAGGCUUCGCACCGGGGCCGGAGAACGUCAGCCUAGGGUUCCCGAACAUCAUCGGAUCAUCCACCGCCGGAGGCAGCGGAAUCUGCGGUUGCCACAUUCCAUAAUUCCGAUUCAUCAUCUGCGAUGGAUCGUUCAUCGAAUCCGGACGAACAGAUCAACAGCAUAAGCCUAGCUCAGGCACCGGAGCCCUAAUCUUCACCCGCGGCAACACCCCCCCAGACGGCAACGAAGGGCUCCGAAGAACCCUAUCUUCCACGGCAACAAGAAAUCACUCCGACAAGCUGCAAUCCGCCGGCUAUGCCUCCGAGAUCGCUUCCCCGAUCAGAAGAGAAGAAGCCUCCACAGAUAGAACACAACGCGAGGAGAGGGAUAUUCCAGAAACCGGGUCGAACGCCGUGCCCCCAAAGGAAAAAGAAAGAGAGAGAAGAGAGAGAGAGGAGGAAGGGUGA